AAAAAAUAUCAGUAUUGAAAUUUCAAAGUUUGAAAACUACAUCUAACUAACGUAAAACAAUGAAGUUGACUGGUGUUAGAGCUGCUACCGUUGCUGCCGGUGUCAGUGUACGUGGUGCGCGUUCCUUCGCUACCACUACACCUGUUUCCGCUAAGAAACUUAACAAAUACUCUUCCAUUGUGACUCAACCAAAGUCCCAAGGUGCCUCUCAAGCCAUGCUUUAUGCCACUGGAUUCACCGAAGAAGAUAUGGACAAGGCCCAAGUUGGUGUUGGUUCUGUCUGGUGGUCUGGUAACCCAUGUAACAUGCAUUUGAUGGACUUCAACGAAAAGUGUACUGCUUCUGUCAACAAGGCUGGUCUUAAGGGUAUGCAAUUUAACUCCAUUGGUGUUUCGGAUGGUAUUACUAACGGUACUGAUGGUAUGCGUUACUCCUUACAAUCUCGUGAAAUUAUUGCUGACUCUUUUGAAACCUUAACCAUGGCCCAAAUGUACGAUGCUAACAUUGCUAUCCCAUCUUGUGAUAAGAACAUGCCCGGUACCUUGAUGGCCAUGGGUAGACACAACAGACCUUCCAUCAUGGUUUACGGUGGUACCAUCAUGCCUGGUGCUCCUUCCUGUGGUGGUGGCUCUUCUGAUGCCAUUCCAGAAAAGAUUGAUAUCAUUUCUGCUUUCCAAUCUUAUGGUCAAUUCUUAUCCAAGGAAAUUGAUGAAACUCAACGUUUGGACAUCGUUAAACACGCUUGUCCAGGUGCUGGUGCCUGUGGUGGUAUGUACACUGCCAACACCAUGGCCUCCGCCGCUGAAGUUCUUGGUAUGUCUUUACCAUACUCUUCCUCUGCACCUGCUGUUUCCCAAGAAAAGGCUGAUGAAUGUGCCAACGUUGGUGAAGCUAUUAAGAACUUGUUGGAAUUGGACAUUAAGCCAAGAGAUAUCAUGACCAAGAAGGCCUUUGAAAACGCCAUCACUUAUAUCAUUGCUACUGGUGGUUCUACCAACGCUGUCUUGCAUAUGAUUGCCAUUGCUCACUCCGUUGACGUUGAAUUAACUGUUGAUGACUUCCAACGUAUUUCUGACUCUACCCCACUUCUUGCUGACUUUAGACCUUCUGGUAAGUACGUUAUGGCCGAUUUGCAAAGAUUCGGUGGUACUCCAGCUGUCAUGAAGUUAUUGUUGAGAGAAGGUCUUAUUGACGGUUCUCAACUUACUGUUACCGGUAAGACCAUUGCUGAAAACUUGGAAUCUCUCCCAGACUUGCCAGAAGAACAAGACAUUGUUAGACCAUUGAGCAACCCAUUGAAGCCAACCGGUCAUUUACAAAUUCUUAAGGGUACUUUGGCUCCAGGUUCUGCUGUUGGUAAGAUCACUGGUAAGGAAGGUACUUACUUCAAGGGUAGUGCUAGAGUUUUCGAUGACGAACAAGCCUUCAUUGUUGCCUUGGAAAAUGGUGAAAUCAAAAAGGGUGAAAAGACUGUCUGUGUCAUCAGAUAUGAAGGUCCAAAGGGUGGUCCAGGUAUGCCUGAAAUGUUGAAGCCAUCCUCUGCCUUGAUGGGUUACGGUUUGGGUAAGGAUGUCGCUUUGUUGACUGACGGUAGAUUCUCUGGUGGCUCCCAUGGUUUCUUGAUUGGUCACAUUGUCCCAGAAGCCGCUGAAGGUGGUCCAAUCGCCUUGGUUCAUGACGGUGAUGUCAUUGUCAUCGAUGCUGAAAACAACAAGAUUGACUUGUUGGUUUCCGAAGAAGAACUUGCUGAAAGAAAGAAGUCUUGGGUUGCCCCAGCUCCAAGGUACACUAGAGGUACUUUGGCCAAGUACGCCAAGUUGGUCAGCGAUGCUUCCACUGGUUGUGUCACUGAUUCCGAUUAAGCAAUAGAACCAUAUACUAGAUUGUCUUAGAACUAGUCUUUGAAUGACAUCUAAUACUUCAAUUCAUAGUACAUCCUACAGCUUUUUAUAUAUAUAUACUCUGUGCAUUUUUUAUAUCAUUUUAUAAAUGAAUGUCCUAAGAAAGGACCUCAUCACCAAAUCCAAUGUAGAUAUC